CUUUUCUGGUCCACAUGAUUUUUAUCAGAUUGUGGGUUGGAUGGCCCAAAAUUGAUGAGCCCAAAAAUGGAAAACAGAAAUCCAAAGUCCAGCAAAAUGAAAAAUUACCAAAACUGCCAGGCUGCCAAAGCCGGCAGCUGAGCCAGCUAUCCACGAAAUUGAAACCACUGCCCGACAAUCUGUUGCUGAUUGAAAACCCUCCCUCCUCCCUCCUCCCUCCUCCCCAAAAACUCAAAUCGGAUCGAAAAUGAGCGACGAUUCUAAGACCAGAGGACUCGCGGGCGACCAGCAGAGCCAGAACCAGAGCCAGCAGUACUAUGGCACCUUCCAAGGCGUUGCCAACUACUACCCUACGGUUCCUCCGCCACCGCCUGAGCCGGUCGUCGGUUUCCCGCAGCCGGUUCCUCCUUCCGGUUCGACUGGCCGCCCUCCCUUGCCUCCCCAUCACCAGCAUCAUCAUCAUCAUCAUCACCAUCGUGGAUACCAAACGGUCACUGGUUAUGCUGUUGUUGAGGGAAGACCUGUGCAUGAACGCCGCCUUCCUUGCUGUGGUAUGGGCAUCGGCUGGUUAUUGUUUAUAAUUGGGUUCUUUCUUGGAGGCAUCCCCUGGUAUGUUGGAACUUUCAUCUUACUUUGUGUUCGGGUGGACUACAGAGAAAAACCUGGAUAUGUAGCAUGCACAAUAGCUUCAAUUCUUGCUGUGAUUGCUGUUACUCUUGGCGCAACGAAGGGAGCUCGCACCUGGUGAGGUUAAAUAUGGACUUGCGAACAAUGAACCUGUGCUUGUACCCUGCAUUCAUUCAAAGGGGCAGUUAGAUGGCUAUAGCCUAUUGUCAAUUAUCAAUGUUGGGUUCUCUUGUUUGUACAUGUAUUUGACACAGUAUAUUAUGUGUAUGUAUCUAUUCAUAUGGUUUUCUAUUCUCUCAUAAUUUGCAAGCAA